CGACGGCGCCACCUCCAUCGGCUGCCCAGCUCUCUGCAUCAGUACUUCCUUCCCAAAGCUCGUCACUUUCUCCUCCCUGAACGAGGCCGGGAUCAAGGGAGUCCAUAUCUGACCCGGAGCAACGCCAUUGGCCGUGUAGUCCAGCAGCUCCGCGUUCCCCUUGUAGGCGUUGAUCGACGUCGUGUUGAUGAUCGCGCUCCCUUCAUGUAUUUCAGAGCAUGCCUGAAGAGGGUGGGAACAAAUUAAGAGGAUCAGGAAAACCAUGCCGACACUGUGUUCGACGAAAUGUCCCACAGAGGGAUAAAUUAGAAAAUACCGGGUCAUGAAGAAGUAGGAGAAGAUGUUGGUGCGGAACACGCGUUCUAGCCUUGGCUCGUCCAUUUCUUCCACGGUGCUCGACUCGUACUGCUCGGCGUUGUUGUUAAGGAGGAUGUCGAUCUUGCCGUAGGCGUUGGCGACCUCGUCGACGGCUCUCUUGCAGUUCUCAUCGAACCCCAAGUCGCCAGGAAUGGCGAUGGGGUCCUUGGCGUCAGGGUUUUUCGCCUUCUUCAGCAACUGGAGGACGUCUUCUGCAUCCUUGUCUUCUUUCCCCUUCACGAACGUGAAGGCAACUUUGGCGCCUUGGAGUGGCAGACUGCUCGCCCGAUCCCUGAAUCGCCACCCGUCACCAGCGCCACUUUCCCCUGCAGUGGAUGGAGAACUGAGGGGUGGGGUCCAUAACAUGUUCUUUCCCAGGCUGAUCCUUCUGCUGUUGGGGAGGGAAAGUCUGAUCGCUGCCACCCGAAGCCAUUCUCACAAGCUGACACGAUCUGGAGCUUCUGUGGCUCGCAGGGAAUAGUAAAGCCGGGAGUAGUGCUGUUUUGUACUGAGAAAUCCUUAAAGAAGGGGACUUCUCUAUAAAUGGAAAAAGGCAAGGAUGACACGUGGAGAUAUAGGUGGCAGGAAGCAGGACCGUGUACGUAGUGAAAGAGUCGCAUGCAGCGGACACGUCUGUGGAAACGGGACGCUAUUCUUGGACGUUCUCUCGUUCGAGAUCAGAUCGAGAAGAAGGAUGACUCUCAGGUACUCAUGUUUUGGCUUAUUCGAGUGGAAAAGCUUAAGUAGUGAUCUAGAAUGUUUGGUGGAGUUCCUGAGGUGGACUAACAAAGGAUCUAAAUUUCCUCUGCAUGGUUGCAACGUGGAAAGUACUUGGGUUUUGUACAUCUGUCAAUUUCAGUGGCCAAAGACCAAGGGCAAUACCUUCCAACACAGUGUUAUAACCAGCCAUGGCUAGUCUCAAAUCUACCAUCUUCUUCUGCUUAAUUCCUCCUUCAAGCCCUCCUUUUGCUGCCUUCCUCUGUCCAUGCCAAAGAUGAUGAUGAGAACAAUCUUCUCCAAGGGCUCAACAGCUAUAUAGGCAGUCUCAGAACCCGCCGAUCCUGGCAAAUAAUGAUAAGGCAGGGUGUCUGGCCGACCAGAUAGCCAACAAGCUCGAGGACCAGCCCUGCCCUGCAGGGAGAAGUGUUGUCGUUGCCCAACUCAGCAACUACGCCAAGUCAAUGGAUAAGUGCGACAUUGGGAUCAACCGGGAGUUAUGCUGGCGCCUGCCGGUGUGCGUCUGUAAGUUGGUGCCAAUCCUUGUCCUUGCACACUACACUCGGACACAAUUCGCGAGGUACGUCGACGACACCCGGUUCGUCGGCGCAGGGCUUGGUGGUUGUGCGUGCUUACUACUGGGACUCCAGGCAGGAUUUUUGCCCGAGCCCACCGUUCGAUCCCGAUGGCAGGCAGGGUUCAGUGGGUUUUCGUUGCUGGUAGGAAUGCUGCUUUGGCUGUUUGUUUGAGAUAAAAAUGGAGGGGACUUGUGAUUUUCUAUGUUUUUGGGCAUCUGUUUUAGAAGUGAUGUGGUUGACAUUCAUGUAAAGUAGUGGUGAAUGUCUGAUUAACUUGUCUUUAACGUGACGAUCCAGACCACAUUGUAUGAAUUCCAUCCCCAGUUUCCAAGUCUCAGGGAUUAGUAAAUCUCAGUGUUCAUUAAUAGAUCUUCACUAGGG